CACUGGUAGCGACUCCACGCGUCAAAAAAGACAAGACAAUCACCUGCUCGGGUAAAUAAAAAAUAAAAAAAGUUUAUAGAUAAAUUUAGUCUUAAAAGACGGUGUGAGGGAUGUUUUAUUUGUCAAAUUAAAUGAGUUGAUAGACCGAGACACAUUAUUUAGAAGUCUGUGGCAAGUCGGUGCGCAGUGAUAGGGGAGGAUAACAGUCCGUUCUCUGCUGUUUGUGAUUUUUUUAUUGUUAUUCUUGUACAUGCUCUUAUUGAACUGGACGCACGAGCGGAGCCUUAUGACAUUACGCAUAGACCGAGAGCGCGGCUGCAAAUGGGCGGCAUAGAUGGCAAACUCUACCUCAGCAUGUUGAAUGGGACUGAAACGCAAACUUUCGGAAAGAACGCCGAGAUCAGCAGUCAUCUCCACCGCGGCAGCAAGGAUCUAGCUGAGUUUAAAAUGGGGAUCCAGGACGCGAGGUUUUACUACCCAGACUCUGUUCAAAGCGGACAGGACGCUCUGUCGCUGCCGUACCACUCGGACCAGGCGGUGGGAGGGUACGGAGCGCAGACCGGCAGGUUUUACGCACAGACCCUCAGCAGUUGUCCGUACGGCGGCGUGCGCUCGCCGCCAAGAAGCGGAGCCGGGCAGGGUUACAUCCCGACGACAGGAGACGGGUUUCCUACAAGCGGUAAAGACUUGUACCCCCCUCCGGAGAACUACCCGGCAAGCUUUCAGCACGGCUACCAGCGGCCGCCUCUCUACCCUUUACCUGGGCUACAGGUGUGUGGGAAGACUCAGGCUCUGCUCAAUAACUACCCGCUAUGGGCCAAGUUCCACAAGUUCCAAACCGAGAUGAUAAUCACCAAACAGGGGAGGAGGAUGUUCCCCUUCCUGAGCUUCAACAUCAGCGUUCUGGAUCCGUCUGCUCACUACAACGUCUAUGUGGACGUAGUUCUGGCGGAUCAGCACCACUGGAGGUACCAGGGUGGAAAGUGGGUCCAGUGUGGGAAAGCAGAGGGAAACAUGCCAGGGAACCGGAUGUACAUGCACCCUGACUCUCCCAACACAGGAGCCCACUGGAUGAGACAAGAAGUUUCUUUCAGCAAACUCAAACUCACCAACAACAAGGGCAGCACCAACAACGUGGCCCAGAUGAUCGUGCUCCAGUCGCUCCACAGGUACCAGCCUCGUCUGCACAUCGUGGAGGUUAAGGAGGACGGCUCCGAGGAUCCCUUCCUAUCAUCCAAGGCUCAGACCUUCGUCUUCCCGGAGACCCAGUUCAUCGCUGUCACCGCCUAUCAGAACGCCGAUAUCACUCAGCUGAAAAUAGACCACAACCCCUUUGCUAAAGGUUUCCGUGACAAUUACGACACGCUGUACGCUCCUCCCGACUCUGAUCGCCUCACCCCCUCCCCUCCAGAGAGCCAGCAGCUGCUGCCAGGGAGCUGCUACCCCCAGGGCUACCUGUCUGAGCAGUACAUGAGCCCCCUGCCUCAGAGCCGCUUCUACAGUAUGGGCCAGCAGCACAAAGACCCGUCCGCCAGCCCUGGUCCUCACAGCCGCUGGUACCUGCCGCCUCAGCAGGGUGUGGCCUCCACUCGGCUUGACUUCACUUCCUCCUAUGAGGGGGACUUCACCGGAAAUGGUUUCUACAAGCCCUUCCCCUUGCAGACAUCCGCCCACCCUGCCCUCAGCUACUACCCAGACCAUCAUUUUGCAUCUACUAGCGUGUCGGUAUCAGGAGCCACCUCAGCGGGCUGGACCGCCAGCCGGCCCACCCCUCAGUACCUCAGCCACACAAGUAAGCCUGGCCCCAGUCUGGGCUGGUUUAGACCCUUAUCCUCCUCUUCUUCCUCCUCAUCUUCUUCUACGUCACCUGGCAACCCCAGGCUGCAUCCACCCUCGCUCCUAGAAGCUCUGCAGCCGUCCCUGAUGCACGACAAGUCCAAAGACACUGUGGAGGUGGUGGGAGAGGACCCCUGGCUCGAACCUUCCUCUGUGACAUCAGCAGCCUCAGCAGACUCGGGCCUGUUUGAGGGCGGCGUGGGGGACAGCAAGAAGAGGAGGAUGUCGCCGUACACGUCCAGCACUGAAAACUCCCCUCCUCCCCGCAGUGGAGAGGUCUGUGAGAAGGACAGCAACAGCGAUGCAGACUACUAUGGCUAUUACACCCACUGAAGGCCUCACACAGUUGCCACAGUCUCUCUCCCAGCGUCUUCCCACACCGCCCUCAUGAACAUGCAUUGGUCUGUCUGGUCAGGUGAUGAUAAAGGGCUGGAACAGUAUCUGUUUUUUGAUGCAGACAAAUCCUAGAACCACACCGCAGAACGUGUAGCCUCGACUGCUGUCAUGUCAAAGUGUGGCCAGCCUCUCUAUAAAGUCCCCCUAUCAAAAUGAUUACAGGAGCAACUUCCAAGGUUACUGUCAAAGUUAGUGUUGAACAGAAGUGGAUGUGACUGGAGAACCGCCCUGCGGUCACAUAAACACCAAACGGACAAACAGACCUGUGACUUAAGCCUUUGAAACAUUUGGAGAUUUGGUGUGGGAGGGGGGGGAUUAUCUGCAUAUCUGUUUGCUGACAGACGCCUGCAGGGAUUGUCUGUUCUUCCUGCAUCAAACACUCUCUCUGUCUCUUUUGAUCUGCCUUGUCUUUGUCUGUCUCUUCCGUUUCACCCUCAACCUUUCACACAUACUUACAAUAUGCUCACGGUCAUUUCCCCACUGAUGAUUCUGAGCAGAAAUUACCUUUCACACACAGUCUUCUCCUCAAAUCCGGCUCAAUCUGUGUGGUGCAGCGCCCACCAGUGGUGACAGAGGAGUGUUACAGACGGCACAGUGUCUGCGUGAACUGAUACCCGGGGGUUCGGAGGGCUUAUCAAGCAGGUUCUGAAGCACAGCCGCUAAUUGAAUUCAAGCCAGCAAAAAAGACGUGUGUGUGUGUGUGUGUGUGUGUGUGUGUGUGUGUGUGUGUGUGUGUGUGUGUGUGUGUGUGUGUCUGUGUGUGUGUGUGUGUGUGUGUGUGUGUUAAAUAAGUCAGCAACCACAGCAGCAGAAAUAACUAACUAGUCCUUACAAAGAGAGACAACCCAACAUAUCUGACAAGUGUAAAAGAAGAGCUUGUAUCUGUGAAGUUCCUAUGAAUUUUAAUCUGGGGUUACAAUUUACAUUUCAUACUCAAAUGCUGCCCUUCUUGGUAUUUACAGGUUAUUACAGAGUUGUAAGUUAUGUCUGUUUGCACUGUAAUGGGAUUCAAUCCACGUCCACGCACACAGACAGUUAAGAUGGAAAAGCUGAACAUGAUAAAAUCUCACCUUAAGGCCAACUGCUAGGUUUCAUAGAGUGAAAAAAGACCUCAUCACAACAAAGGCCUAGCCCCCUGCUGCAAUCAGUGGAUAUAAAAAUGAUCCUGUCACUACACAGUACACACAUAAAACCCCAAUCAAUACCAGCAUCUAUAACAAUGUAACUGGAAAACAGUAUUGGAAGAGGGACUUAUGACCGCUUAAAUCACAAACUGCACCCACUGUGCAUGAACAAAACCACAUUAUUCAUGUUAAACUACAUUACAUUUCCCAUUGUGACUAUCUAUACAUCUCAAUCUUUUUUGAUGUGGUGCAGCAGUUGUUCCCAAUAACUUUCCAUACAGUAGGAGCCGAGCAACAGAGCUGCAGACAAGUAAAAAGUGGGUCAAUCAGGCCGGCUACAUGCACCUGUAGGUAAACAGAGGAGGUACUGUCACCCUCAGACCCACGAUAAACAGGAA